ACACUCGGCCACGCGCGCGCCGCCGGGUCCCACUCGCGCAGCGCGGUUCUGCGCGGGCCGCAUUGUCCGUUCGCUCACCUCGUCCCGCCCCGAGGCUCCUCACCGCGCGCCCCGGGCUCCGGCGCCGACCGCCGCUCCCCGGAUCCCAACGCAGUAAGGGGGCGCGCCCAGGAGGCGCGGCGGGCCUCGGACGCCCCCGGCUGUGCACCGAGCAGCGGCGGCAGCAGACUCUCUUCAGGGGAAGGGACACCCUCCCACCUCAUCAUGUCUCGAAGAAGCCAGCGCCUGACGCGCUUCUCCCAGGGUGAUGACGACGGCAGCAGCAGCAGUGGAGGGAGCUCGGUGAUGGGGAGUCAGAGCACCCUGUUUAAAGACAGCCCUCUCAGGACCUUGAAGAGGAAGUCCAGCAACGUGAAGCGUCUGUCCCCAGCGCCGCAGCUGGGCCCCUCCUCCGACGCGCACACCUACUACAGCGAGUCUGUGGUCAGGGAGUCCUACAUCGGCAGCCCCAGGGCCGCCUCCCUCGCCGCCUCCCUCACCAGGGGCUCCAUCCUCGACGACCAGCUGCGUGGCGACCCCUACUGGAGCGAGGACCUGCGGGUGAGGAGGAGGAGGGGCACCGGGGGCAGCGAGAGCAGCAAGAUCAAUGGGCUGGCAGAGGGCAAGGCCUCCGAGGACUUCCUCGGCUCCUCCUCGGGCUACUCUUCCGAGGAUGACUACGUAGGUUACUCCCAGACAGACCAGCGGGGUUCAGGUUCACGACUAAGGAAUGCUGUCUCUCGGGUGGGCUCUUUGUUCUGGAUGGUGGUCACUUCUCCAGGCCGGCUCUUCGGACUCCUGUACUGGUGGAUCGGCACCACCUGGUACCGCCUGACCACAGCUGCCUCCCUCCUCGACGUCUUCGUCUUAACCAGGCGCAUCUCAUCCCCCAAGACAUUCCUGUGGUUCCUUUUGCUGCUGCUGCUUCUGACCGGCCUGACCUAUGGAGCGUGGUAUUUCUACCCCUAUGGGCUGCAGAUGUUCCACCCCGCCGUGGUUUCCUGGUGGGCCUCGAAGGGCAGCGGCGGGCAGCAUGAGGUGUGGGCAUCCAGAGACUCAUCCCCACAUUUCCAGGCUGAGCAGCGCAUUCUGUCCCGGGUACACUCUCUGGAGCGGCGCCUGGAAGCUCUUGCUGCCGAGUUUUCCUCCAACUGGCAGAAGGAGGCCCUGCGGCUGGAACGUUUGGAGCUGCGGCAAGGAGCUGGGGGGCAGGGAGGUAGCGGUGGCCUGAGCCAGGAGGACACGCUGGCGCUCCUGGAGGGGCUGGUGAGCCGCCGCGAGGCUGCACUGAAGGAGGACUUCCGCAGGGACACCGCUGCUCAGAUCCAGGAAGAACUAGUCACCCUGAGGACAGAGCAUCAACAGGACUCAGAAGACCUCUUCAGGAAGAUUGUCCAGGCCUCCCAGGAGUCUGAGGCUCGACUCCAGCAGCUGAGGUCUGAGUGGCAAAGGAUGACCCAGGAGUCCUUCCAGGAGAACUCCAUGAAGGAGCUGGGGCGGCUGGAGGGCCAGCUGGCUGCCCUGCGGCAGGAGCUGGCGGCCCUGACGCUGAAGCAGAGCUCGGUGGAGGACCAAGUCGGCCUGCUGCCCCAGCAGCUCCAGGCUGUGCGGGACGACGUGGAGUCUCAGUUCCCUGCCUGGGUCAGUCAGUUCCUCCUUCGAGGUGGGGGAACGCGCACUGGGCUCCUUCAGCGAGAGGAGAUGCAAGCUCAGCUGCAGGAGCUGGAGAGCAAGAUCCUCGCCCACGUGGCUGAGAUGCAGGGCAAGUCGGCGAGGGAGGCUGUGGCCAGCCUGGGGCUGACGCUGCAGAAGGAAGGCGUGAUUGGGGUGACAGAGGAGCAGGUGCACCGCAUUGUAAAGCAGGCUCUGAAGCGCUACAGCGAGGACCGCAUCGGGAUGGUGGACUACGCUCUGGAGUCUGGAGGGGCCAGUGUUAUCAGUACCCGAUGUUCUGAGACCUACGAGACCAAGACAGCCCUCCUCAGCCUCUUUGGCAUCCCCCUGUGGUACCACUCCCAGUCUCCCCGAGUCAUUCUCCAGCCAGAUGUGCACCCAGGCAACUGCUGGGCCUUCCAGGGGCCCCAGGGCUUUGCUGUGGUUCGCCUUUCUGCCCGUAUCCGCCCCACUGCUGUCACCUUAGAGCAUGUGCCUAAAUCCUUGUCACCCAACAGCACCAUCUCCAGUGCCCCCAAGGACUUUGCCAUCUUUGGGUUUCAGGAAGACCUGCAGCAGGAGGGGACACUCCUCGGCCAGUUCACCUAUGACCAGGAUGGGGAGCCCAUUCAGACGUUUUAUUUUCAGAACCCCAAAAUGGCCACGUACCAGGUGGUGGAGCUGCGGAUCCUGACUAACUGGGGCCACCCCGAGUACACCUGCAUCUACCGCUUCAGGGUGCACGGGGAACCUGCCCACUAGGCCUCCUCGGUGCUGCCUCCAGGCAGCGGGGGGGCCAGCUCCUCUGGCCUGUGCCCCCUUCUCUGGGGGUAGGUGAGCAGCACCUCUGCCACUUUCCCCACACGCUUGACGCGCGCUGACUUCCAGGAGCAAGAAAGAGCCCCAGGCCCAGAGGAGAUGAGAAAGAACACGCAGGCUUUCCUGAGCGGCGGGCGGCGGGCUCCAGCGGCUCCUUUCAGUCUUUGCUCUGUGUCUGCCAGGACCGGGCGUCUACUCCUCCCUCCUGGAGGGUGUAUAUAUGUAGCAUGUUGUGGGGAAUUGAAGCAGGGAGAGAAGGGUGAGUGCGUGUGUUCCAGCAAAGGCGGCUGAGACCUGCCUGCCCCUUGCCCCUGGGAGAGGGGCUGGCACCCAGGGAGCUGCACAAAUGAAGCAGGUGCCAAAGCCGUGGGUGAAAAAGGCCAGGGUCUGAGGCGGCUGAACUGUCCCCCUCCCGAGGCAGGGAAGGGAGGCCUCCUGGGAGGAGGGUACUCAGGGUGCAAACUGGGACUCGUCCCCAGACAGGAUGAGAGGGCCACUGGGCUCCUCCAGAAAGCUAGUGCCAUCAGUCUAGGGGAAGGUGGCCCACAGGGUUCCUGAAAGGCUCCUACACACUGUUUGUCCUGGGUCAGAGUGGGUCAUGGGGCCUCUUGUGCUCCAGAAGGUCUGGCUCCUGUGAGCCUCUGGGGUGCUGUAGGAUUCUCCUCGGCUGGGUAGUUGCUUUCUCUCUCCUGAUGCUGGGCCUGCUUGUGCCCCAGAGCAAGCUUGCCACCUUUCCGCAGGGUGCAGGGAGCCUAGACCUAUCCUUCAAGGCCAUAAACAUCUAGGUCAGCCAGCAGUGUGGGGAGCAGUCCUGGCCUCUUGUAGUGGUGACAUUCAGGGUGUCGCAGCAGGAGGUGGUCUGUCUGCACUGUUGGCCCUACCUCCCCCAUCAAGCCCCAGAUAUAAGAGGCUCCUAGCUCUCAGCCACCCCCCUUGGGACACUCUCAGCUCCUUGCUCAAGUCUGUUUCUAUUCUGACUCAUUUUCUAGGGGCAGUCAGGGAUAGGGGGCUGGGUAAGGAGGGCGGGGGCUUUUGGAACAGCAGGCCCGGCUGUAUUAUGUAUCUAUUUUUCAAGGUCUGUUUUUUAACUGAAAAGCUACUGGCUUGAUUUCUAGCCCCGUUCUGUGGGGCACCGGGCGAUUUCAGUCACUUGUAACCUGGCUGCCUCAAGGGCCUUGGGCACCUGCUCUGACUGUAUGGUUCACUCUGGCCGGUGGGGAGGGGGUAGGAAGGGCUGCUGCACAGGUGGGUGCCCCGCGUGGGUUCCUAGAGGACGGAGCCCGAGUGCCGGCCAUCCUGGGGUCUCCAGCACUAGCGUCUGACCGCGACAACCAGGUUUUGUUUGCGCUCUCCUGUCACAAAUGCUGCACUAUUGGUUCUUAAUUUUUUUAAAUCUCCAGAUUCUAAUUUAUGCCUAUGCAAAAAAUAAAUUAUGCCCAGGGUUAAUGGAGUGUGCAGUUUUUAUCUGGCCUUGCAGAGGGACUCUGCUCUUGGGAAAACAAAUUCUCAGCCACAACCAUGCCCCAAAGACUUACUCCUAAGCUUUAGAAACCCAAGCCUCUCAGCUAAAACCCAGCCAUGAUGGGAGGUGAGGCAGACCCUGUUGCCCUGACUCUGGGCUCCAGGGUUGACAGGAGAGAGAAGGGAGGUGGCUUUAUGAGCCAUCCCUGAUGUCCCAUUAUGAAGCAGAAGGCUUUUCCUGCGUCUCAGUGCCAUUCGAGCAGAAGGCAGAAAAAGGUACCUACUUCACUACUAAGCCUGUCCACUGCCAGCGUGGCGAUCCCCUUCCGUGGGAAUCAGACACUUACUUGUUCCUUGUACCCGUGCUGGUCUGGGACAAGGUGGGUCCCCUGAAGAGCCAGAAUUUGCCAGUUCAGGGGGCAGGUCCUGGCCCUUCCCCACAAAUCUCUCCCCUGAUUUAGUGCCUCCAGGGAGCAGGUGGAAGCUCCAGGGCCGGCUCCCCAGGUGGACUCUCAAUACACGCUUCUCCUCCUGACCAUGGCACCUGGCCCAGGGCUGGGCCCCAUCACAGCUGAGAAAAUAAAGGAACAGGUCAGUAGGGAGAAGUCUGGGGAUAAACCGCUAUAGCAGAGGGUAUCAAGUGGACCAGUUACUCAAGCCCUCAGCUCCCUGCGCUGGCAAAGAGCUCACCCCCCAGCAACUGCUUGCUUCAUCGCCCCUUAUUUCACUCAACACCUGCAUUGCAUCUUUUAACAAAGGAGAUAUCCCUGUGCGGCACCAGUAAACCAGUGCCAGGGACCUGGCACAUAAUGGGCAGCGCUCAGGGCCUCUGCUCAUGCCCUCAGGCCUGUCUGCACAACUCAAAUCUCAAGGGCCACUCAUGACACAACCCUCACGCGUUCGCUCUAUGGUCUGUCCCAAGACCCCAGUCAAACCUGUUUUCCUGCGCCAUGGCAUAAUCCUGUUACCUCAUCUUGCGCUGGGGAGGCCAAUAAGCCGAAGAGUGGUCCUGGAUGAGUUAGAGGCGUCACAAAUGCUACCUGUGUUACAGAAGGGUCAGGAUUUGCCAUUUGAGAUGAUUGGAUUAACAACUUUAUUCUUCAUCAA